UACACCUGGAGUUUCCGCUUUACCUGCCCUCUUCACACUACUAACUCCGUCCGUACAAUUCCAGACUGCAGAACCCAAGCCGAGGGAGGGGCGAUUGUGCAUGCUCAGCCAUGACAAAUGGCCGAUCUGACAUUCUCCUCCGCGCCCUCUCGCCGUGCUUCGUGCCCACCGCCUCUCGCGACAGCGGCCUCGCUAAAGUCACCACCGUUCCACUCCGCCCGAACGCCCUCCUCCGCGUGGGGCGGUCGCGAUCGCAAUGUGACGUCAUCUUUCUAGACUCCCGCGUCAGCCGCAUUCAGUGUGGCUUCUUCUGGUGCGCGCAGACUGGCGGACUGUUCCUCGUGGACGGAACCAGCCAAUCAGAUGCAGCGAUAGCCAGCCAAUUAGGGGCCGUGGAAGCCAGCCAAUCAGGAACGGUGUAUGCUCAGAGCCAGCCGGACUCUCUAGGAGUGCAGACGCAGCCGGACGCCGAUUUAGACUGCGACCCCGUGUCUCAUGAGUACGAUGAUACGAAUCCGAAUCUCCCGCAAUUCCCUGACUCAGAACCCCACACCGUGGCAAGUGACGUGUCAACGCACUCCCCCGAGUCGCGUCAGAAUGCGAACGAUUCAAUCGCUUGCUCCAGUCGCGGCAGCCGCCAGUUUCGGUCGUUUCCCGAGGCCCAGUCAGCGGCGGCGACAGGGAAAAAGCAGGGCGGGGAGGUAGGUCGUCCCGAUCCGGAUGAGUGCGCGCACCUGCCGCUCAAGCGGCGGCGACUGGCGGGCUUCUCGCGCUCCGUGAAGCCCCAAACGCCAAUCCCGCACCCACGGUUCCGCCCUCCCCCUCGCUUACCCGCAUCUCUCACCGAUCCAUCUAGGAACAGUGGCUUUCCGAUACCUUCCGAGCCUGUUGCUGCGGCUUUUGCGGCUUCUCAAGAAUCCGCCGUCGCGCCACGCCCCCCUGUUAUUACUAACUCUCUUAGUUGGAGUCGGAGCGUAGGGGCUUGCCCCGGAUUUUUCGCGUUUCCGGGAGCGCAGUUGUGUCUGAACGGCGCUUCGUUACAGCCACUCGGGCCGUCCUCGAUAGUAGCGCGCUCGACUAACGGAACGUACGUCAACGGUAGGCUCGUGGAUGCGAGCCGUCCUGUGGCUUUAACGAGCGGUAGCGAGGUGUCGUUCGUUGUUCCUGUAUUGAAUGGGCGUCUCGCGGACGCCGGCUUUGGUCAUCCGCUGGGCUUCCGAAUUGUGAUUGUAGAAAAGGCUGGCAAUAUCAGGGAUGGGAUAAGCGGGGAUGAGGGCCCCGACAAAGCGGCUUUUCCUGGCAUCCCGCGGCACCCUUUGGUAUUUUCACGCGGCCGAGAGAGUUCUCUUUCCGCGAAGCUACAACGAUCCAGAAGCCAGCCCGAGUCUCGCCAGAAAGAUCGAGCGGUGACAGUAGGUAGCGUGACAGUACCGAGCAAGCGCACAGAGCGCUCAGGUGACGGAUACUCUAUGGCACGCGAUGGUGUAGGUGAGGCGAUCCAGGAUGAAGCGAAGGAAACAGAGCGACAGGCAGGAGAGGCAAGAGAGGCGAAAGAGGCGGGAGAUUCGAGAGGGGAGGAUACGCAGCUGAAUGGCAGGGUCCGUACGGCUUCUGAGACGACUCACAAGGCAGCGGCACGCGGAGAAAGUAUGUGGCAGGAAGACGGAAAGGCGAGGCACGAGGAUGAAGGGGAGAGGCACGAGGAUGAAAGGGCGAAGCACGAGCAGAGCGGCAGUGAGACCCCUGAAGAAGAGAUGCUGCCCGUGUUCCAGCCCGCACCCAUACGAGUGCACGGGAGCGAGCUGGAGAACCAGCCCAGCACAAAAGGCUCCCUGGGGUUGUUAUGGGACACGGGACGGUCGGCGUCAGAGGUGCGGUUGCACAGGGGCGAGAUGAGAUACUCAUACUUGAUUGGGAGCCAAGAGAGGGCAAGGGAGGCGGGUGAGGAGGAGGGUGGUUGUGGUGGUGAAUUGGAGGAGAGGGAAUGCCACAGUCGGAACCGCACAAGGAUGCUGGUGGGAGGAAGUGAGGGAGGUGGUAGUGGGGAGAAGAACAGCGGCGGGGACAAGAGUCGGAAGAUCGUGCCGGGUCCAGUUGCGCAAAUGGAGUGGGCGGACUGUAAAGCAUCCGAUGCUCAGAAGCAUUGGAGCUCCAACCUUGCUGUCAUGGCUGUGGCUGAACCAGUGCCGGUAGCCGGUGCUGUGGCAGAGGUGGCAGGAGCAGUAGCAGGGGCGCAAUUAUCAUGCAGUAGUGUGGGAGGGACGAAGGAGGUACCUGGAGAAGCAUGGAAGGAGGGGGAGAAAGAAGCAGGGAAAAGACAAGUUGCGACAGAGGGGGCAGGCAGAGCACAAGUAUGCAUUACAGCAGGAGAUCGUGCUACAGCAGGCGAUUGUGCUACAGCAGAGGAUAGUGCUACAGCAGGGGAUUGUGCUACAGUAGAGGAUAGUGCUACAGCAGGGGAUAGUGCCACAGGAGGAGAUAAUGCCACAGGAGGAGAUAGUGCUACAGCAGGAGGUAGCACUGCAGCAGGAAAUAGCGCUGCAGGGGGGGGUUGUGUAGUGAGAGGGGACUCGGUUGCGGCGUCCCAUCCAGCACGAAACGAGGGAGAGGCGGGAGCUGUAGCAGCAGCAGCAGCCGCCGCCGCUGCAGCAGCAGCAACAGCCGCAGCCGCAGCCGCAGCCGCAGCCGCAGCAGCAGCAGCAGCAGUGGAGGUGCAGGGAGUGGGCGCGGUAAUGGUCUCAUGCGACGGGCAGAAGAGAGGGCCAGGCUCGGAUACCGCUGAAGCUCUUGAACCUCCGACUGGCGUAGCGGCAUGUGCAGGCUUGACAUUGACAACACGAGCAGAAUUCGUAGCAGGGUCAAAGACACAUGCAGCGGCAGAACUACAUGCAGAGCAAGAGAUUGUAGGAGGAGGAGGCAGAGGAGCAGCAGUAGGUGCAGCGGGUGCAGCUGUGGCAGCCAGUGGAAACCCUCAGAUUAACCCCCAAACCCCUUCGUCUAUCCGUCACAGUAGUGAUGGCGCGGACGCAUUUGGUACUAGGGAGACACGGGCUGGAGGGAACGAGGCAGGAGGAAACGAGGUGGGAGGAGGCAGGGAGUGUGGCGGUGCAGCAGCACCAGGCGGGCCAGUGGAGGAGCCAGGAGGCAGGCCAAUGGGACGGCUACUUAGUGGCGUGGGACCGGGUCACACACAUGGGUUCGCUUUGAACCGCCUGCGCUUCCAUGGCGCAUGGGAGGAUGCCGGGAGAAAGAAUAUGAAGACAGACGUGUGUCUUGAUCCAAGGGGGUGUGGAGAAGGGGGGAGAGAAGGAGGAGGCGGGAUUGGAGGAAGGGGGAGGGGGCGUGGAGAUGCAAGUGCAACACCGGCAGCGUGUGAGGGGAUGGGGAGGGAGGCACACCAGCAGCAGGAGCAGCAGCUGAAACCGCAGCAGCAGGAUCCACAGGAGGUGUCACUGCACGAUCUGUUCUUCCCCAUGGAAUCGCUGCAGUCCGUCUUCGCUGCUACCUUCACUCUCGACCUCGACUGGUUCCUGGCGUAUCUCUCCCCCCCUACGUCUCUCCCCAUGACCAUAGCGGUCCACGACAAGCACCAGUGCUGGGACUCCAACCCCACCGCGCGCCUGCUCUCCCCUCAGCCCGUCUCCUACCCCAACCUCAAGCUCCUGUACCCGCUGUUCCCUGACGCAUGUCGGUUUGGGCGGGAGAAGAAGGCGGCAGGCAUAGGGUGCCACCACCCCAAGCUCUUCCUGCUGUUCCGCAGGGAUACUCUCAGAGUGGUGGUCAGCUCAGCCAACCUCAAUGAGCGACAGUGGCAUCGCAUAUCCAACACCGUAUGGUGGCAAGACUUUCCCUGCCGGCCCUCUCCUCUCUACUCCUCUCUCUUCUCCCCUCUCUCCCCCCAACCCUCGCCCACGUCCGCCUCCUCCACCCCCUCCUCCUCCUCUCCUCCUGCCCUCCUCGCUGACUUUGCCUCAGAGCUCGCCUCCUUCGUUGCAUCACUGGUGGCCCACAAUCCCUCAGAAGCCCACUGGGUGCUUUCUCUCGCUUCCUUUGACUUCUCCCGAGCCUCCGCCAUGCUUGUAGCCUCGGUGCCGGGCGUGCACCGCAGGCCCGUUGCCCUGCCGGACAUGUGCCGAACCUCGGGGAGUGCGGCUGGGGGGAAGGAGUUAGGGGGUGGGAGAAGGAAAGCCUAUGCAACAUCACCAGCAGCACCAGCAGCAGCAGCAGCAGCAGCAGAAAGGAAUACUCAAGGGGUGCUCCUAGGAUGCGUGCACACCCAAGUAGUGGGAAUCAAGCCUAGGUUCGGACCUCGAGGGGAUCCCCAUGGCACUCGACUCGCUCAUCUCAUGGCAGCUCUAUGGGGGAAGGGGAGCAGGGCAGGGCGCGCACGGGGGGAGAGGCAGCAGGAGGAGGGAGAGGGGGAGAAGGAAGAUGAGUUGGUGGAGUUGGGGUAUUUGCCGCGUGCGGUGGCGCGGUGGGUGGCACCUGUGGUGGACGCGCGUGUGUGUGAGGUGGAGGGACGAGUGGCAGCAGAGGACGUGCAGGCUGCUGCUUCAGGGCGCAUGGACUGGCUCGUGCCCAUCCGACUGAUUGUGUGGCAGGGCGCCGCUUUCCCGUGCGCGCACUCCAGCCCUCUGACAGCACGCAGCAGUGGCGGGGGAAGGCAAAGGGAGGCGGGAAAGGAGGAGGAGAGGGACGGAGGAGACGCAGCGGAAUCGGGCGUGCAGGGGAGCAGGGAAGAGCGUGGUGGAGCGGAGCUAAGCAGCACGGAUGAUGACUUGCAGUGUGCUGUGGUUCGGCUGCUUCGGGCUCUGGAGAGACCUCGGGGGCUGUGGCGGCUGCAGGAGGUGCUCUCACACAUCAAGUGGCCCAGCACCCCCCACUCAGACUUUCUCUAUGCCUCGUCCUCAGUGGGCGGGUCAGUGGACGUCAAGUUUGUGGCGGCCUUUGCAGCAGCGGCAGGCAGGCGAAUGGGGACAGGGUGGACGGAGAGCGAGGAGGACUCAGUCAGCAGUGUGGAGUCAGACCCUGGGUGGAACGGGUGGGACGCACAGCGCGAGGCGGCAUCCCCAUCUCUGGGCAUAGUGUAUCCCACCCUAGCCACUGCCCUUGCUGCAAGGGAGGGCCCGCAGGGGAGCCUGGGCGUGCUCUGCUUCUCCGAUAAAGCCUCGGACCGGCUGGUGGAAGCAGCGUCCCUGCAUGACUGUGUGCCGCCGCUCACAGCCGCACACAGAGCCGGCGUUCCCAUGCACUGCAAGGUCGCCAUUCGUCGGUUCAACCCCUGCCCACCUCCCACCACCACCGCCAUCCCCGCCGCCUCCUCCUCUAUCACCUCCCCCUCUCACACCACAGGGUGGGUCUACACCGGGUCCCACAACUUCAGCCCAGCUGCGUGGGGCCGGCCAAUGAGGAAGCGCCACCUGUCGUGCGACCCAUCUGCAGCUGAGGACCUGGGGAUGCCAGCAGUGCUAGGGGAUUGCUUGCACAUACUCAACUUCGAGCUGGGGCUUGUGCUUGUCGAAGUAGGCAAGGGGCAGCACGGGAAGCAGGGGGGGCACGGGCAGGGGGAGCAGCAGGGGCAGCAGGGGCAGGGGUUGCGGGAGGUGCCAGGGCAGAGGCAGGGGCAAGGGCUGGGUCUCGGGCUUGGGCAGCAAGGGGGGAAGAGGCAGCAGGGGGGAAGGGGCUCGUGGAUGGGGCAGUGGGGGAGGCAGCAGGAGGGGCAAGGGGUGCAACGACUGGGACAUGUGGGGGGGCAGAUAAAUGGCAGCGCCAGUGGCCUUGGUGGCAGUGGUGGCUUUGACGGUGGAGGUUUGUGUGCCCAAGGGACAGCAGCAGUUGCGACAGGUGCGCUGCAGGGAGCGCAGCAGCAGGCACAGGGCGGCAUUGAUAGGGUGUGCCUGCCGUUCCGUCUCCCCGCGCCCCAGUAUUCGCGCUCUGACACGCCUGCAUCCGGCCGGGCGCUCAAGGAGGCGGCCAUUGCUGCAGCACUGGCUGCAGCGGCUGCGGCUGAGAGUGAGAGUGCAGAAGAGAGCGCGAGUGCAAGUGCGAGUGCUGCCAUUGGUGGUAUCGGUAGUAGUGGCAGUUCUGGUGGUGGCAGUGGCGGUGGUGGUGGUGGCAGUGGUGGUGGUGGGGAGGGGGGCUGUGCUGGAGGAUAUGGUGUUCUGCCAAACGCUUCCUCCUGGAUAGCAGGAGCUUCUCUGCAAGGCUCCCCUCCCUCCAAUCUAUGUUUCCCAGUGAAGUCCCUUCAGGCAAUGUCCCCAGCGGCAGCAGCAGCAGCAGCGGGGCUGCUAGUAUCAAGCAAAUUCCUUGAAGUGGUGGAUGAGGUGGACGAGGAAGGCGAGGCGAUGGGAGUGGACGCUGACAAGCUGGCACGAGACGCGCUGAGGAACGAGGCGCAACUUCUCAUCGACGACUAUGCAUAGUGUAGGGUAGCAUAGGGUGUGGCAGCGUAGGCUGAACACAACUACCGUUAGUUAGGAACAGCAGCUGAGCCAAUGCUGCCGGCCAAAACCAACGGCUUAGUCUACAGACAACAUGGCAGCUGGUGCUCUAGGGAAACAGCACUGCUUAGGAGCUGCCCCUCUGUGUGCCGUUAGCCCAACACUUCACAAUAUGAUGGGGGGGCGGGAGUUGUGGUUGUGGGUAUUGGCAAGGGAAAGGAGGGAGGAGCAGGAGAGCUUCUGUAAUCAGCCGAGGGAGAAUGGAGCCGGAGAGCUUCUGUAAUCAGUACCACUCGGUAAAGAAUGGAACGGAUUUAUAC